AUGGCUUACAACGGUAGUGGUGGUAAAAGACUGUGCACAGGAACCGAUCUCGACGUGGAAAGGAGUAAUGGCAGUACGUACAUGUCGGGCGAGCCGCGUCGCAAGCGCGAGCCGCCGGCGCGCCCCAACCACAUCCUGCUCUACACCAUCAUCAACCCGGCCUACCCCAUCACUGUGGUGAGUUACCUUUAUUGUUUUUAA